AUGAAGACCACAGAGAGCGGGAUUAGUAGAGACACUUGGUGUAAGACCACUAGUCGAGGUAAAGGCGGAAGUAGUGGGACACUGGGGGAUGAAGGUGCUUGAGGAAGGCCGGUAGGAGGUGUAGUCCAGGAUGGAUGGGUUUUGAGUAGAGUUGCCCAUGCUGUGAGGCACCAGGCUUUGGAAGAUGACUUGGGAGGGUCGCAGAGUGAAGUGGUAUUUAGUCAGAAGAAUGUAGGAGAUUUCAGUAAUGAGGAUUCAUUCCGACACUUGCUCUUAAAAUCAUCUGCAGCUACUUCCUUGGGGACUAAUACUGAGAGUAUUUUCUCUCUGGCCAAAAAUAGACCUUCAAACUUCACUGAAGAGAUCGUUCUAAAACCACUAGAAAAUCUCAAAAAUCUUGACCCAGUGACUGGUCUUUAUAUUCCCAUCGAGAAAUACUUCACUUGUACCAAGACUAAAAGAAAUGCAUCAAGAUUAGUCAAGGAGAAAUAUAUUUACUUGAAAUAGCAACUUGGGUAGACUCAGGAGAAGGAGGUUCAGAGUUUUUACAGACAAUGAUCUAGGCUUUGAUUCUAAAUAUCUGUCUGAACAUCAUGUUCAUAGGAUCAGGGAUGAUGAUUAUUCUAGUGAUGCCGAGGUGCUGGAUUAUGGCAAAGAAAAGACUCAGAUGGAUCUUGAGUCUCUUUCUGAAUUCCUACAUAUCUAUGAGCCAGUGCUUCAUAAGUUUGUUCGCAAUUUAAGACUCAGACUGAAAACCAAGUAAUUAUUUUAAAUUCAAAUUUGUA